AUGGGCCCCCGCAAGCGACGACGCUCUGGUGGCGACGCGUCCAGGCAAACGCGCCUGGCUGCCGCCCCGGCCGCCUCCGAGGCCGGGCCGCCAGCCGCGGACGCCGCCUACGUCGAGGUUGCCGUCUCGCCGCUGCAGCCGCUCGCCUUUCUCGGCUCGGCGGAGCUCCGCGUGGUGCAGGGCUCGCUCUGCGUCCUUGGCUCGCACUUGAGCGCCGACUCGGGCUGGUGUGCCGUGCACUCGCCCGCCGGAGGCUUGCCACUGGCGCUGCAGGCGCGUCGGACCCUCUCCUCGGUCUCUGCGAGCGCGACGGUGCAUGUGCGUGCCAUCGACCCGGCGCCCGAGCACCUCGCCGCCAGCAGUCCGGACGCACCCGCGGCUCCCGCCGACUGCAGCGAGUCUGCCGCUAGCGGCGAGGCGGCGGCAGACUCGGAGGCGGCAGAGCCGGGCGGCGGUGCGGCGGCUUGUGUGGCGGCGGAGGUGGCUGCAGCCGUGCUAUACCCUGGUGCCGCACUCUCGCCUGUAGGGCCGCUGCCGGACCGGCCUCGCGCGCUGCUGGAAUCGCUCGUCGAGGAGGAGGAGGGCGAGGAGGAGGAGUGCGAGGAGGGCGAGGAGGAGGGCGAGGAGGGCGAGGAGGAGGGCAUGGGCGAAGAGGUGGAGGAGGCGGAGGAGUGGGCUGGCGAGGCGGACGGGGAGCGGGCGGCCGCAGCGGCGGCGGAGCAGGCGGACGGCCCCGGUGCGGCCAGCCUUGCCGAGCCGUCUCCCGCAGCUGCGGCUGCGCCUGGCGUCUCCGGCGAAGAGGCCGCACCCGCCACCGGCGCGGAGGCGUCAGCGCCGACGGCGGUGGCGGACGCGCUCUGCUCGUCUCUGCGCCUCCAGCUCCUCCCGCCCACCGCCGCCGGACGCGUGUGCCGGCUCGGCGCGCUCCUGCCAUGCGGCUGGGAGGAGGGGGUCGAGGCCGCGCUGCGCCACGUCGGCGAGCGGUCGGCCGGCGGGCGAGGGGGAGGGCCGGCGGUGGUGGUGGUGGUGGGAGCGCGGAACAGCGGCAAGUCGAGCUUCCUCCGCCUCCUCGCCAACGCAGUCCUCGCCAACGCGGCGCUCCGGCGCCCCUCUGGCCCGCCCGCAGUGGGGCUGCUCGACUGCGACGUCGGGCAGCCAGAGCUCGGCCCGGCCGGACUCCUCUCCCUCCGCACCCUGCACGAGCCUCUCCUCGGCCCUCCCCUCGCCCACCGCCGCGCGGCGCACGUCGCCGCCGACGCGGCCGUCUGCUUCGGCGCCGCGUCGCCCGCCGCCGACCCGCGCGCCUACGUCGCCGCCGCAGCCCACCUCGCGACGGUGCACGCGGCCGCCGCCGCCGCCGCCGCCGCCGCCCACGCCGCCGGCGAGGGCGGCGAGGGAGCGCCUCCUCUGCUGGUCAACACGUGCGGCUGGGUGCAGGGCCUCGGCGCGUGGCGCAUCUCCCCAUAUCUCCCCAUAUCUCCCCAUAUCUCCCCAUAUAUCCCCAUAUCUCCCCAUAUCUCGGCGCGUGGACCAACCCGCUGCGCCAGGCCUGCGGGCCUGCAGCUCCUCACCGACCUCGUCGCCACGCUGCGCCCGACGGCGCUGCUCGUCCUCGAGCGGGCCGACGGCGCGGCGCCCUUCCCGCUCGACCACUUGCUGCGCGGCUGGCGCGCCGAGGAGGCUACGGCCGCCGCCGCGCCGGCGCCGCCCCCCGCCGUGCUUCGCGUGCCUGCGCUCCAGCCGACCGACUGGCCUGCCCCGCCCGGGGGGGGGCGGGCGGAGCCGCCGCCGUCGGCGUCCGACGCGCGCGAGAUGGUGCGCUCCCCUCCUCACCCGCGCAGCGCCGCCUCACCCCCGCCCGGCUCCGCCGAGGGACGCCCCUUCUUCUGA